GCACCAAAUAUCUAGUGCUGAAAAACGCCAUAGUGACAGUUGAGCGUCAUUUGGUGGAAUUUUAGCUUUGCUUCCCCAUGAUUUCAAAAGUGAACUAAAACAUGGCCCACGACGAUAAUAAUGGAUUCAGUGAAUGGGGCGGCUACUUCGAGGCCAAGAAAUCCAAGUUGGAGGAGCAGUUCGCGGCCGCCAGCGAUCCAUUUCGCAAGUCCGACUUAUUUCAAGGUAUUUCGAUAUUUGUGAAUGGCCUGACUAACCCGUCGGCCGACGAACUGAAGCGGAUCAUGAUGGUGCAUGGGGGAACCUUCCACCACUACGAACGCAGCCACACGACCUUUGUGAUAGGCUCAGUUCUGCCGGAUGUCAAGGUCAGGAACAUGAAUCUUUGUAAGUUCAUCAGCGCCAAGUGGGUGGUGGAUUGUCUGGCGAACAAGAAGGUAGUGGACUACAAGCCCUAUCUGCUGUACACGAACCAGAAGACCUCGCAGCCCAGGCUUAACUUUGGCAAACCGAAAGACAGCAGUGUGAAUGAGAGCAAAAUGGAGGUGGAGCCCCCAAAAGAUGAGCUGCAAAUGGAGCUGGGCGGGAUUCUCAGGGAGCUGCAGCAGGCGGUGGCCACUUCGCCGGAAAAGGAGGCCAGUUUGUCCGAGACCAAGAUCAUCAACUUGUCCACCACUUCGAAUACUUCGAGUGCCGCACGCACCGCCGCCGACCCAAAUUUCCUGAGUGAGUUCUACAAGAACUCCCGCCUGCACCACAUCGCCACUCUGGGCGCUGGCUUUAAACAGUAUGUAUGUGAGCUGCGCCAGGAUCAUGGCUUGAAGGGGUUCCCCAAGCGGGAGGAACUCAAAUCAGUCGCGAAAUCUACCCGAAUGGGGUCUGAGCGCUUCGUAAUGCAUAUCGACAUGGACUGUUUCUUUGUGUCCGUGGGCCUGCGGUCCCAUCCUGAGCUCCGUGGCCUGCCGAUUGCAGUGACCCAUUCGAAGGGAGGCAGUGCGGCCACCGAUGUGCCCGUGCAUCCGCAGGCGGAUAGGAAGGCCGAGCUGGAACUAUUCGCCCAGCGCUUUGAGAACCAUCUUCACGACAACAUAAAGGCUGAUAAGGUGCGCUCGGGUUUCGACAAGAAGAUGUCGCUCUCGGAGAUCGCCUCCUGCAGCUACGAGGCUCGGGCCAAGGGCAUUCGGAAUGGCAUGUUCGUGGGCCAGGCCUUGAAGCUCUGUCCGGAGCUGAAGACGAUCCCCUACGACUUUGAGGGCUACAAGGAGGUGGCCUCUGCACUGUACAAUACAGUGGCCCAAUACACCUUGAACAUCGAGGCAGUGAGUUGCGAUGAAAUGUUCGUUGAGCUGACCGAUCUGGUGGAGGAACUGGAGAUGGAUGUGAUGGCUUUCGUGAGGCACCUCAGGAAGGAGGUGCACCUGAAGACGGGAUGUCCCUGUUCAGCGGGGGUGUCAGGCAAUAAAUUACUUGCCCGCAUGGCUACCAAGGAGGCCAAGCCGAACGGCCAGUUCUUGCUGGAUAUGAAGCAGGAUAUACUUUCUUAUAUGGCGCCUAUGUCUCUAGAUGCUCUGCCAGGAGUGGGCAGCAGCAUGAGCCACAAGCUCAAGCUGGCUGGGCUCAACAACUGUGAAGAUGUCCAGAACUCAUCACUGGAAAAGCUGGAAACGGUGCUGGGAAAGAAACUGGGCCAGAAUUUAUUCCAGAACUGCAGGGGAAUUGAUGAACGCCCCUUGGCUUACGAACAGGCCCGAAAAACGGUGUCGGCGGAGGUGAACUUCGGCAUUCGCUUCACCAAUUCAACCGACUGCGAAAAAUUUCUGCGUCAGCUCAGCGACGAGGUUACCAAGCGACUAAUUGAGAUUAAGCGCAAGGCUAAGUCAAUCAACCUUAAGAUCAUGGUUCGUGCACCAGAAGCUCCAGUCGAAACCUCCAAGUAUAUGGGUCACGGAGUGUGCGACACCAUCAACAAGUCGUCGCUAAUUAAGCAUGCCACGGAUGACGUAAAUGUGAUCACCACGCAAGUCCUCAACCUGAUGAAGGAAGCUGAUCUGCCGCCCCAUGAACUGCGCGGUAUUGGCAUACACCUGACAAAGCUGGAGGAUGCCACCGAAGUUCAAAAGGAGAACGUCAUCAAGCGGAUGUUCGUUAAGAUGACUGAGAUGAAGAAAGAUCAACCUGUAGUGAAGAAACUAUUAAUUAAAGUUAAAAAUAUGGACAUGGAACACACGACCAUGGCACUGAACGGAGAUAAAGAUCGCUCGGCAGUGGAGAAACCUCCAGUGGGCGAAAUCAGAGCCAAGGCCCGGGAACCGAGGAAUGUGAUGACCAUGCUGACUGCAGCAGCAGCGCAGAAUAGGAAAUCACUAAACGAGGUUGCAAAGCCAAGAACUCCUGUACUUCCUCUUGGUCCUGAGCUCGAUCAGGAUAUUCUGGCCCAGUUGCCGGAGGAUAUACGCCUCGAGGUGCUCUCCCAUAAGGAGGAGUACCUGCGCCUAGCCGAAAGCGAUAAAAGCACUGCAGCCCGAACAUUUCGACCUCUUUCUCCGCCGCCUUUGAUGAGACUCAACUGCUCGCCGGUCAAUGUUAGUCCCCUAAACGCCAGCGAUCUCAAACCAUCUACUUCUCGGGCUGCCCUGGCUCGUCUGCAAAUGCGUACGGAUCGCAAGGAGCACGUCCGAUCGGAUCAGAUUGUGGCGGACUACAUUGAGGAGCUGCCCAAGCACAUGCAUCCCGCCAUUCUGGAGUACAUCUCCCGACCCGCGGAUGAAGUGCCCGACCUGCUGAUGGGCGACAACUACAAGAGCCUGCUGAACGAAUGGGUUAGCCGAGAGGAGGUUCCCAAGCCGCCGGACGUAGACAUUAUUCACCGACAGAUUUCCCAUAUGAUUAAGAACGACAUGUUGAAUCACAUGUACGAUGUGAUGAAGUAUUUGUGCCGCAUCAUUAAUUCGAAACGCAGCACCUCCUGUUGCUGGCAUGUGGCAUACAAGCACAUCGAGGAGGACAUUCAAAACCAGAUGCUGGAACUCGAGGGCUACAACCUUUGCUUCAUCGAAAACAUUCGUUGCUACAAGUGCACCCCAUUUCUUGAGAUCACUUAAACAAUAUUUACUGAAAUGGUAAAGGUAUUUAAAUUUUUCUUAUUACACUUGGAACUAUAGUACUUAUAGUAACAUUUAAAAAUAUGAAAAGUUAAAGCCUUUUUCAAACCGGUUAUGUUGUUUUAGACAAUGUUGACUUCAUUACAUUUGCCAAUUAUUUUUAUGAGAAAGAAUCUCAAAAACACACAACACUUAAACUUUAUUUUGAACGGAAAAGGUUAUGAACCGGUUAUGUUGUCUUAGAUAAUGUAAUGAGAAAGGAUCUCAAAAACUAUUAAAAAUAGUUUUGUUAUUUAAUUUUAGCCAAAAGAAGGCAUUUUGAUAUUGGAUUCAGUUUAGAGAACCAAGUAAUUUCAAUAUUUUUAAUAAAUGUUAUUAAAAGUUAAA